UAGAUGUAUUGAAGUUUAAUGGCUUGGUGUGUCGUUUCUCUUUCUUUACCUUCGUCUGCAACUAGAAAUGGAAGAAUCCCUUCAAUUUUGACCACCCAAUUGAAACUUUCGACUUCCGGGUCUUGCAUUUCUCAAUCGAACACUAACCAAGUGGAGCAGCCAAAUCCCAAACCCAAACCCAAAGCCCUGAGUUAAGGUUUGUUAACCCAAAUCAAAAGAAUGCUUCUCUUGAAUCUUGAUCUUCUUCUUCUACAGCACCAUCGAUUCCUGUCUCUUUGAAAGGUUUUAAGCGUUUCUGGUGUUAAGAUCCUCUAAUGGUUGUUGUACAGGCCACCAAGCUUAGCCUCCCUAACCCUUCUCUCUCGUCCCCUCAUAUCACUUCCUUUCUCUUUGAACCCCAUUCCCUUUCUCUUGCUCUAAUGCACUCUGAUUCUUCUUUCUCUCUCUACCCUUCAUUUUCCCCUUUCUUUCUCUCCUCCCUUCCGGCCCCUCAACUGGUUGUGCCUUCUCCCUCUUCUUCUGCGGCCUUCGUUGUCCUUCGGAAUUCUGAUUCCAACUCUGAUUCUAAAGUUCUGUUUGUGGUCUCUGGCCCCCAUCAGGGCGGCUCUCGAAUUCUCCUCCGGUUUUAUGUUUUGGAGACUUGUAAUUUGUUCAGGAGAGUUCGAGUUGUUUGCACGCAGAAGGAUCUUCGAUCUGAUGAUAAAUUGGGUGUUUUGGUUAAUUUGAGACAUGGGCUUUCGGUUCGUUUAGCUGGGUCGGUCAAUUUCUUCGCCAUGUACUCUAUUUCGAGCUCCAAGAUAUGGGUUUUUGCGGUGAAGAUGGUGGCCGGCGGUGAUGGUAGGGAUGAUGUGAUGGAUUUGAAAUUGAUGAGGUGUGCUGUGAUUGACUGCUGCAAACCCAUUUGGUCGAUUAGCAUUUCUUUUGGGUAUUUGCUUUUGGGGGAAGAUAAUGGAGUUAGGGUUCUUAAUUUGAGGCCUUUUGUGAGAGGGCGCGGUCGAAAAGUUAGAAAUCUGAAUGCCAAACGUGAAGUUCAGAAGUCAUUUUUGCCUCAUGGAGAAGUUUAUGGAACUUCUGGUGGUACCGACUUGAAUGGUGGUUCCCUUUUUGUUGGCAACAAUGGACUCAACGAACAUGCCAGUAAAAGUGAUGAUGCUCAAAGUUCAGCGAUUUGCAAUGGAUCCUUGGAUGGGAAGUUGGACAAACAUUUUGAUUCUGUGAGAGCAAGAUCUGUAAAAUUGAGACAAGAUUCGAGCGAAGGAGGACUAUAUUUUGUGGCGCUGAAGGGCAGAGGAAUUGAAGAUCUGAGAUCUGCAAAAAUGAUGCCAUUAAAGGCAUUAUCAAUUCAAGCACUUUCUCCCAGGAAAAUCUUAAUCCUGGACUCUGUUGGUGAUUUACAUCUGUUGCACCUUGCUAGCAGUGCUAAUGGAUCAGAUUUUUCGUACAACAUUCGACCAUUGCCUCAUCUAAUGAAAGUUCAAACGCUGACCAGCGUUCCUGAUACAUCCAUAAGGAAUCAAACUGUCUGGCUAUCUGACAAGCAACAUUCAGUUCAUAUGAUGAUGAUACCUGAUGUUGAUUCUGAUGUCCCUGAAAAUAGGGGAAAUGAGAGCGAGGAAGUCCCGAUGAAAAAAAUAUCAGAUAUGCAAGUUAUAUUUGCUGGUGAAAAGAUUCAAGAUAUAACAUCCUUGAGCACGAAUGCUGUUUUAAUUCUUGGACAAGGCAGCUUAUAUGCGUAUACAAUUUCCUGAAGUUUCCUCGGUGCCAUUUUUAAGGGACAUUUUUCAUUCAAGGCUGUGUUAGAUGAUCUCGUCCAGAGUGGUGGCUUCUUGGCUUCAUGUUGUGCUCAAUUUUCUCACUUGUCCAUGGUGAAUAAGAUUCAAGAAGACCGCUCUGAAUAGGACAUUGCUUGGGAAUAUUCUUUUAUGAAGUUCUGAAAUUCUGAAUAUGGAAGUCUUUCAACCCAAUAGGGAAUAAUGCACAUGUGAUGGAAGUCUUUCAACAGAAUAGAGCCACCCCCUCUGCUUAGCCUUGGCCUUGCAUCCAUGAGCUGCAAGACAAGUUUGGGGCCAAGAAACAAGCAUGCUAGCCAUUGGUACGUCUGUUUCGUUGCAUCUUGGUUCAACUCGCAGACAGAAUAUCGUAUAUUUAUUCAAUCCGCUAUCAUGAAAGAUACAACACAACAGAGACCUUGAGCUGGAUUUAGUGUUGCAAGAUGAAUAUCAUAAUUGCAUGAAACCUUCAUAACUCGCAACAUUCUAGUUUGAAUCUAUAUAUGCAUCUACGACUCGUUCUCAUUCGGGAAUGUAGCUGUUCUUUUCUUUUCAUCAGAUGAACACAUUUUCUCUCAGAGAUGACUGUUUUGAGAACUUUUUA